UUGAUGUUUAACCUGCGGCUAAGCUAACUCCACCUGGCUGCUUGCUCCAGCUGUUUUUGUGGUCCAAUACAGCAUGUGUCACCGGUAAUAAGUCUCUGUAAGAAGACGGUGGACGAAGAGCGAAGUUUGAAGAAUUUUUAUUGCUUCCUGGACAAAAUGCAGCAGUUUGUUCUUCGGCUGUCUUGCGGGACCCAUAGAUGCUGCUUCUGACGGAAUAACAGAAGAGCCAGCCGCCUUCUGACCCGCCUCAGGUCCGCCUGGAAGCGCUGCUGUCAGUGGCUCUGUGGCAGUGACACGGUUUCUCGUCUGGGCUUUUCAGCUAUGAUGCCUUCCUGGGGGGAUGUAAUGGACAAAUCGAGCCGAGUGUGUCGACCCCAGCGGAUUAGCGAAUCGUCUAAGGUUUUCCGCUGGGUGGAUCAUGCUGCUGAAGUGCUGCAGGGCCUCAACGAGCAGCGGCAGCACGGCCAGUUCUGCGAUGUGGUCCUCGUGGCUGAAGACGAGCGCGUCCCCGCUCACCGAGCCCUGCUGGCGGUCUCCAGCCCGUAUUUCAAUGCUAUGUUUACUUUGGGCAUGAAGGAGGAGCACCAGCAGGAGGUGGAGCUGGUCGGGAUGUCCUUCAUGGGUCUGAAGGCGGUGGUGGACUUCCUGUACAGCGGCGAGCUGCCACUGGACGGAGGAAACAUUGACUAUGUGCUGGAAGCUGCUCACCUCCUGCAGGUAUGGCGAGCGGUGGAUUUCUGCUGCCAGUUCCUGGAGACAGAGGUGAGCGAGGACAACUACCUGUACCUGCAGGAGCUGGCGCUGCUCUACAGCCUGGAGCGACUCAGCGCCUUCGUCGACCGCUUCAUCCUCAAACAUUUCUCCAUGCUCUCUUUCACCCCGGACUUCCUGCGCGACAUUCCUUUCCACAAACUCAACUCCUACCUCUCCAGUGGCCAGGUUCAGCACGACAGCGAGCAGGCGCUUCUCCAGGCCUCGCUGCAGUGGCUCGGCCAGACGCCCGAGCGGACCUCCCACGCCAGGCAGCUCCUCUCCCACAUUCGGUUCCCUCUCAUCCCGGUGGCAGACCUCAUAAGCAGGGUGCUUCCAGAUGUGCGAGCUCUGCUGCCCGAGGAGGCCGGCUGCGAGGCCCUGGUGGAGGAGGCGCUGGCAUACCACGCCAGGACCAGCGCUCAACCACUCCUGCAAACUGGACGCACCACAGUGAGGGGGGGAGUGGAGAGACUGCUGCUCAUUGGAGGAGAGGUUUCCGAGCGUGGGGAGGAGCUUAGCGCUAGCGUUUCCUGUCUGGACGCUGAAACGGGGAGCUGGAAGGUGGAGACUGAGCUGCCGGCCCAGCGGAGCCACCACUGCCUGGCGGUCCUGGGAGGUUUCAUCUUCACCGCCGGCGGGAGCUCGUCCAGGGACAACGGUGGAGACGCUGCCUGUAACCUUCUGUACAGAUAUGACCCCCGCCACAACCAGUGGACCAGGGGUGCCCCGAUGAACCAGCGGCGAGUGGACUUCUACCUGGGGACUGUGGGAGAGUACCUGAUCGCCGUGGGAGGGAGGAAUGAUACCGGAGCUUUGUCGUCAGUGGAGGUCUACUGCCCUGCUGAGGACUGCUGGUCCUACGUGGCAGGAUUGCCCAGGCUUACUUACGGUCACGCUGGUACAGUCCACCGUGGCGUCGUCUACAUCUCGGGCGGUCACAACUAUCAGAUCGGCCCAUACCGCCGGGACGUCCUGAGCUACAAUCCGUUGCGGGAUGGCGACGUGUGGGUGGAACGCCAACCCAUGUCUCUGGCCCGGGGCUGGCACUGCAUGGCCUCCCUUGACCACCUAAUCUACGCCAUCGGAGGCAGCGACGACCACGAGGACACCUCGGAACGCUUCGACAUCCUGCAGGUGGAGUCCUACGACCCACGCGGCGACCAGUGGACCAAGAUUGCGCCGCUGCUGCUGCCCAACAGCGAGGCGGGGCUCGCCGUGUGGGCGGGUAGGAUCUAUGUUCUCGGGGGCUUCAGCUGGGAGAGCAUGGCGUUCUCCAGAGCCACACAGGUAUACGACCGAGACAAGGGGGCGUGGUCCAGAGGGCCCGACCUGCCCAAAUGCAUAGCAGGGGCUUCGGCAUGCGUGUGCACCGUGAAGCCUCCGCCGCUGUCAGCCUCGCCACAGAAGAAGAUGGAGCCUGGAAGUUUAGAGCCUUCGUAACAGCAGGGAUGGACUUCACAUUCCUACAUGACUCUCAUCCUCACCCACAGGACAAAGUCAGAGCUGUAAGGAGGAAAUCUUUCUGGAGCAGAUAAAUGUUGACAGAAAACUGCGUCAUGUGAUCGACAGUCUGUCCUGAAUUUAUAUACAUUUGUCUUCAGCACUGGACAGUUUGUCUGGCUUUGUGAAGUCAUGAAUCGAGGGCUUGCAGCAGCUCAGAAACCAGAUGGAGGAGCCGUUAUUCUGUACUACGACUGACACGGUGACCAGCGGAUCCGCGACUCUCCAGUCUGUUUACAGUGCAGGCCACAGAGUCAAGCUCAGCCACAAUCCCAGCAGAUCAGCUACUCUCAGUGGCAGCCAACACCUCCUCAUGGUGCAUCCUGUCUCUGAGUAUGGAUGCCGCUUUGCAACCCUCCUCCUUUUCUUGCUGCAUCUGACUUAAUCAGUGUUGUAUCUGUCGCUGUCUCAUAACUGCAUAGCUGUUUGGUGCUCUGUAGUUUCACUGAAAUGUGGACUUUACAUAAUGCGAGUGCAGCGUGUGGAACGAGAUGUCUGUCGUCUGUUAAUGAGCCUGGUUUGUUGACAUUUAAGCCGUCGGCUACUAAAACAGAUAAAACUGGUUAUGCACGGUUAAGGUUCUCUAGAAGUUGUGUAUUUGGGAAGAAUCACAGAUUUGAUAUUCCUCUAAGGGAACAAAUACAGGAAACAGAACGAGCUGCAUUUAAAAGAGGUUUUUUUCGUUCUUGCUUUUAGGAUUAAACGUGAAUGUUUUAUAAAAGAUGUCAUCUCUGCCUUUGAAGCAAAAGCUGCAUUCGUUACUACUGCAUUUUUCAGAAGUAUUCGUUUGUGCAUUUGUACAUUUUUUCUUUAAUUAAAAAAAACAUUAAAAAAGCAAAGCGAGCUUAUCAUUGGCUCUUAUCAUUCUAAACAUUUCAUCGUUAUUAGUAAACAGGACACUGGUGGAUGCUCCAGCGCUGGUCGUUGUGGCGUCUUCGCUCUCAGGUGAAGGGGUAGUACGGGUGAGACUUGAUUCUGAGAGACAAAAGAGCAAUCGUUGGUUUGAUGCUGGAGAAUGCAGCUACAGCAGGAAGGUGGUUGACUUACUCUUCGAUUGCACAGGCCUUCCACCCUCGGUUCAGUCCCUUCAGAG